CGCCGCCGCCGCUUUGUUGUCGCCUCCUCCGGCUGAGGAGGCUCCCCGAGCGGGGGGAGUGGGGAGGAGGGGGGUCGGCCGCCGCCGUCAUGGAGGCCAACUGGACCGCGUUCCUGUUCCAGGCUGAACAAGUUGGGAACCCAGAUCCUUCUUAGAAGUGUGGGGAUCCUAGGAAUCCUUAGAGAGUGAUUCUCCGUCGUGGUCUACAGCGUUUUACCCAUGAAGCAGGGACCCGGUGUGACCCUCUUGUGAGAGUGAGCUUCAGCAGUGCUGUUAAAAAUACUUUAUGUUGCCACAGACUUCUGAAUUGGUAAAAUGGCAGCCCAUGAAGCCUCCCAUCACCAACAGCAGGCAGCACAGAACAGCUUGCUGCCCCUCCUGAGCUCUGCUGUGGAGCCCCCCGAUCAGAAACCAUUGCUUCCAAUACCAAUAACUCAAAAACCUCAGGCUGCUCCAGAAACAUUAAAGGAUGCCAUUGGGAUUAAAAAAGAGAAACCCAAAACUUCAUUUGUGUGCACUUAUUGCAGUAAAGCUUUCAGGGACAGCUAUCACUUGAGGCGCCACGAGUCCUGCCACACAGGGAUCAAGUUGGUGUCCCGGUCAAAGAAAACCCCCACAACAGUGGUUCCCCUUAUCUCCACCAUCGCUGGGGACAGCAGCCGAACUUCGUUGGUCUCAACCAUUGCAGGCAUCUUGUCAACAGUCACUACAUCUUCCUCGGGCACCAACCCCAGUAGUAGUGCCAGCACCACAGCUAUGCCUGUGACCCAGUCUGUCAAGAAACCCAGUAAGCCUGUCAAGAAGAAUCAUGCUUGUGAGAUGUGUGGGAAGGCCUUCCGAGAUGUAUACCACCUGAAUCGGCACAAGCUCUCCCAUUCGGACGAAAAGCCCUUCGAGUGUCAUAUUUGUAAUCAGCGCUUCAAGAGAAAGGACCGGAUGACUUACCAUGUGAGGUCUCAUGAAGGAGGCAUCACCAAACCCUAUACUUGCAGUGUUUGUGGGAAAGGCUUCUCGAGGCCUGACCACUUAAGCUGUCACGUAAAACAUGUCCAUUCAACAGAAAGACCCUUCAAAUGCCAAUUUUCCUCCCUCAUGCAGACGUGCACUGCUGCCUUUGCCACCAAAGACAGACUACGGACACACAUGGUGCGCCACGAAGGCAAGGUAUCAUGUAACAUCUGUGGGAAGCUCCUGAGUGCAGCCUACAUCACCAGCCACUUAAAGACACAUGGGCAGAGCCAAAGUAUCAACUGUAAUACAUGUAAACAAGGCAUUAGUAAAAUAGCGUGCAUGAGUGAAGAGACCAGCAACCAGAAGCAGCAGCAGCAGCAGCAGCAACAGCAGCACGUGACCAGUUGGCCAGGGAAGCAGGUAGAGACACUGAGACUGUGGGAAGAAGCUGUCAAAGCAAGAAAGAAAGUUUUUGAGAGCCACUCAGGACUCAGAUGCUCAGGACUUCUGGCUCUGCAAUCAGGGAUCACUUCUGAAGCUGCUACUCUGUGCCAAACCUCCACGGCUGCUACGACACCUGUGACUCUCACUACUCCAUUCAAUAUAACAUCCUCUGUGUCAUCUGGGACUAUAUCAAACCCAGUCACAGUGGCAGCUGCAAUGAGCAUGAGAAGUCCAGUAAAUGUUUCAAGUGCAGUUAACAUAACCAGUCCAAUGAACAUAGGACACCCAGUAACUAUAACCAGUCCAUUAUCCAUGACCUCUCCUUUAACACUCACUACCCCAGUCAACCUCCCUACCCCUGUCACUGCCCCAGUGAAUAUAGCACAUCCUGUCACGAUCACGUCUCCAAUGAACCUGCCCACACCUAUGACAUUAGCUGCCCCUCUCAAUAUAGCAAUGAGACCUGUAGAAAGCAUGCCUUUCUUACCCCAGGCUUUGCCUACAUCACCACCUUGGUAAACAGUAUUAUAAAAUCAAAAUAUAGGUUAAAGUAAAUAUUUACCAGCAACUUACUUUUAGUUUAUUAAAGCAAAAAGUAAACCAUGAAAUUGGGAGAUUUUAUUAUUAGUUAAUAGUGUAGCAGCAUUUUCUCCAAUUUGGCUGGGAUUAUUUAAAAUAGGGUGUGUAUGUAAUUUAUCACUGGACCACUUUAGUUUAAUCAUAAAUUCCUUUUAGCUGACAGCAUUGCUUAAACAGGAUAGUAGUUGGAUAAAGUGUCAGAAUUAAAGCCAAUCAUAAAAAAGCAAAACCCAUUUCAAAAGGUUUUUUAAAAAAUAGCAUUACUGUUUCUAAUCCCAGAAAUCAUUUUAAACACUAGCAGAAUUCUCCCUAUACAAGUUGGAUGGCUGAUUUUAACCUGGAGUUCUAAAUUCAUGAAUUAAAGGCUAGUGUAGAAUUGUCUGUUUAUUGUUUUUAUGAGUAAAUACAUGCAUUGUCAUUAUAAAAUGCAUUUCAGAGAAUAUGCAUUUUACCUUUGGGAAUAUGUUAAUUUCAGGCAGCAUUCCCUAUGGGAAAGGUGAUACCAGCUCUGAUAUGCAAAGCAUAUGAUAAUUUAUCAUUCUAACUUCAACAUAUAAUAGGGAUUGUGACCUGAUAUUUGGAGAUGUAAAUAUUGCUCAGCAUAUUAAUCCUGAUGGAAUAUAGCAUUGUAGUUGUCUUUUCUAAAAAAAUAAAAAAAAAAACAAAAAAUAUACAAAUUGUGUUUUGGUAAAAAAAAAAGACCGCAGCUGACAGAGGAGAAGUCAAGAAUGCGGACAGGCAGACUCCUAACAAAGGGAGGCUAAUGGACUCCUAUUCAGGAGCCAAGGAAAACUUUGGAACAGUUUAAAUAUGUUGCUUUAAAUUGGAAGACGUUGGAGGCACUGGGAUGUGAUGCCCCUCUCCCAAUCAGAGCCUGUUGAUAUUACAACAGGGACAGAUGUGUUAGUUGCUCACUAGAGUUUAUGUCUUAUAUUAAAUUGUAUACAGUUUUUAUUCUAACCACUAACUAGGUAGUAUACCCCUUCAGAACAGCAGAGUGUACCUUUUUAAUUUUUCCUUCCGUUUCUUAAUCAAGUAUUGUGCAGAUUUGUUCAUCUUUGUAAAUAUGGCCAUCACUCUUUUUUUUUUCUUUGAGAAAACACUUGUAUCAGCUUUGUGGUGUUUUCAGGGAGACAACUGUUCGCACUCCCUAUAGAAACCCAGCAAUGAUUGUGCACGUUAAGACAUGUGCUUUAUUUCUUAGCAGGAUAUUUUAUCUUUGUACAUAAGGUAGAAACCAAAAGCUAGGGAAACAGAUACUCUUUGCACCAUCAUGCCACACAUUAAUGUUUUUAAAGCAUUGUUUUUUUUUUUUAAAUGUUACUAAAACCAGGACUCUGAUUUUUUUUUUUAAGUUGCAAUACGUUGGGGUUUUUUUGUUGUUGUUGUUUUUUUAAUCUUGCAGUUCAGACAAACAAAAUUUGUUGUGUUAAUCUUGCAGAAUGUUUGCAGGACUGACUAUCAAACUGGAUGACUUCCGUUUAUACCCCACUGUGUCAGUUCAAGCAUCAAAAUACCUUGCAUCUGAGGCAGACUUCCUACAUCAGGGACAGGUAUCUGUGUGUCAUUAUACAAAACAGUUCUAGGGGGUUGAACUACAUAGUAAAAAAAUAAAUAGUACUUAGUGUAAAAUAAUUUUAUAAAUGAUCUUUUGUACUUUAGGACAUUAAAUUGUACAACUUUUGUAUAUAUAAAAGCUUAGGAUCUUUCUGUUUAGCAGGAAGGCAACACAUUCCUACACUUUUAAUGUAUAUGUUUGUUAUAAUGUCCAUGUAAACAUGCCCUAUGUUUGUGCCUUUUAAUUAGUUUGUCUCAAUAAACAAAAUGUAGAGAAAAUAUGUAGCUAUGACUUUGUUACAACUGUUCUUAUCCACAGUACAAAGAUGGUUUGUUUUUAAUAUGUAGAGCAUUAUGUGUGGACUACUGGAAGGACGCAUGUAAGGAAGGCCCAUGCAUGGCCCUGUUGAGGCCUGGAUCAAGCGGUAGUGACCACAUUUGGAGGAAGCCCUUAUUUCCUUAUAGGCAGACCCAGGACCAGGUUCUGGCUCUGCCUGCUGGAACCUGUCAUCUGUCUUCUGGCUGGCGAUCGUGAUCGUCCAUGAGUCAAACAACCUGGCUUCCUCCAUAGUGGCUCAAAGAGCAGUCAGUCAGUCCUUAGUUGGGUUUGGGGUAGACCCUACCCCCAGGCUAGAGUGUGGUCAUCAGAACCCUGAAAGUAUUAGUUCUUUAAAAAAAAAAAGAAGAAAGUAAAUGAUAUAUACUUAAAUGAUUGUUUUAUCAACUCAUUGUAUAAUAAACAGGAGUGAGACUUCAUUGUAUGACUUCAGUUAAAAUAAUAUUUUGUAUGCAUUCUUUAUUCACCUAAGAAGCUUGUCUGCAAUAAUAAAGCCACGUCGUGUCUUUGGGGAGGGAGAGAAUUAAUAGAAUGGGGGUGGCAGAGGGCUACUGAAAGGGGGGCCAAGUAGGUUAUGUGGUGAAAUUCUGUAACUUGGAACUGGAAUUGAGUUUUGAUGCUGAUGAACUGAUUCAACUAAGAGUUGAAGGCACGACGGCCACCACUACGAAAAAGCAGAGAGUAUGUUUCCCCUUCUGGUUGUAACAAGUUGAAAGCUUCCCCUUUAUCAGAUUGGCAGCUAAACAGUUGUAUUAGAUAAUCCUUAAAUCUGACAUCCAGCCUGUUAUGCUCUAGGGCUCACUGCUUGGCCUGCAUUUGCCUUUUACUGUGUAUCCAUUUCCCUCCUAAGGUGUGCUCCUAAAUGAAGGUUUCUAUGUAAGCAGAUGAUUUUUCCUGUCAAUACCAGCACUGUAUUACUAACAUGCAAAAUACUGCAGAUUUAUUUUGACAAAUUAAAGUUAACCAGUCACAAAUGUUA